AUGAGACGACAGGCUGCUAAAGGAGUCAGUGAUGCAACAGAGUGCGAGGGGGAGAUGAUGGUGAUGCUCAACUCCACCUCCUCCAGCCCUCUGGACCUGUUGAUGAGUAAUACCAGCUCUACACUGACAGAGGGUGCUGUGGCAAUUUCUAAAGACAGCUUCUCUAAUGCUCUCACCAAGAACAUAGUGGCCAUGCUGGUGUGGCUGGCCCUCAGUGUCAUCAAUGGCAGCAUGGUGCACACCUUCCUACGACACAGUCUCUUCUAUGAGAACCCACGGUACAUCAUGUUCAUCUACAUGGUGAUCAACGACGCUCUGCAGCUCAGCCUUGUAACAGCUCUCUACGUGGUCAGCUACAUCUUCAGGAAGAUACACGCCUCAGUCUGCUGCUUUCUGAUCAUGACAGCAGUCCUCACCACCCGCUCCACCCCUCUCAUCCUGGCUGGCAUGUCAGUGGAGCGCUACAUCUCCAUCUGCUUCCCCUUGCACUAUGGUCAGAUGUGCACCGUCCCUCGCACCCUUCUGCUCAUCGGUGUCAUCCUCAUCCUCGCUGUCACCCCGCCCAUCACCGACCUCCUCAUCACUAUCGUCCACAGGCCUCGGACUUAUUUCCACACCACCAUUUUUUGCGACCAUCCACUUCUCUUUCGCCACCAGUCCAUCUACUACAAAAACUGUGUGUUUGACGGGGUGUACCUGUCCUUUGUGUCUCUGACACUGCUCUACACCUACUGUAGGAUCAUGCUGACAGCACGAGCCGCCUCAAUGGGCCUGGCCUCAGUGAAGAGAGCCAGGAACACUGUCCUGCUUCAUGGGCUGCAGCUGCUGCUGUGCAUGCUUGCCUUCGUGGUUCCUUCCCUUCAGGCUGCUCUCAUCUCCAUCUUCCCUCGAUUCAGUCUGGAGAUUCGUUACAUCUUCUUCCUGGUCGUCUACAUCAUCCCCCGUUUCAUGAGUCCUAUCAUCUAUGGUUUUCGUGACGAGCUGUUCAGGAAGUACUGGACCCGGUACCUGGCUUGUAGGGGCCAAAAUAUUGUCAGGGUCAGACCGGUAUUACUGAAGGUGAACCUGUAG